GACUCGGCGCCAGUCCCGCUCCGCGCCGCGCUGCUCCGCUCUGGCUCCGGCUCGCCUCGGGCUCGGCUCGGGCUCCGGCGGCGGCGGCGCCCCCCGCACCGGGCCCCCGGGGCAGGCGGCGGCGUAUCCACCAUGGCCCGCGCCCAGGCGCUCGUCCUGGCGCUCACCUUCCAGCUCUGCGCGCCGGAGACCGAGACUCCGGCAGCCGGCUGCACCUUCGAGGAGGUGAGUGACCCGGCAGCACCCUGCGAGUACAGCCAGGCCCAGGACGACGACUUCCAGUGGGAGCGCGUGCGGAUCCAGCCUGGCGCCCGGGCCCCUGCGGACCUGCCCCACGGCUCCUACCUGAUGGUCAAUGCUUCCCAGCAUGCCCCGGGCGAGCGGGCCCACGUCAUCUUCCAGAGCCUGAGCGAGAAUGACACCCACUGUGUGCAGUUCAGCUACUUCCUGUACAGCAGGGACGGACACAGCCCAGGCACCCUGGGCGUCUACGUGCGUGUUAACGGGGGCCCCCUGGGCAGCGCUGUCUGGAAUAUGACUGGAUCCCACGGCCGUCAGUGGCACCAGGCGGAGCUGGCCGUCAGCACCUUCUGGCCCAGUGAAUAUCAGGUGCUGUUUGAGGCCCUCAUCUCCCCCGACCGCAGGGGCUACAUGGGCCUGGAUGACAUCCUGCUUCUCAGCUACCCCUGCGCAAAGGCCCCGCACUUCUCCCGCCUGGGCGACGUGGAGGUCAACGCUGGCCAGAACGCGUCGUUCCAGUGCAUGGCGGCGGGCAGAGCGGCCGAGGCCGAGCGCUUCCUCCUGCAGCGGCAGAGCGGGGCGCUGGUGCCCGCGGCCGGUGUGCGGCACAUCAGCCACCGGCGCUUCCUGGCCACUUUCCCGCUGGUAGCCGUGGGCCGCGCCGAGCAGGACCUGUACCGCUGCGUGUCUCAGGCCCCGCGCGGUGCGGGCGUCUCCAACUUCGCGGAGCUCAUCGUCAAGGAGCCCCCCACCCCCAUCGCGCCCCCUCAGCUGCUGCGGGCCGGCCCCACCUACCUCAUCAUCCAGCUCAACACCAACUCUAUCAUCGGCGACGGGCCCAUAGUGCGCAAGGAGAUCGAGUACCGCAUGGCCCGCGGCCCCUGGGCCGAGGUGCACGCCGUCAGCCUGCAGACCUACAAGCUGUGGCACCUGGACCCCGACACGGAGUACGAGAUCAGCGUGCUGCUCACGCGGCCCGGGGACGGCGGCACCGGCCGCCCCGGGCCGCCCCUGCGUAGCCGCACCAAGUGCGCAGAGCCCAUGAGGGCCCCCAAAGGCCUGGCUUUUGCUGAGAUCCAGGCCCGCCAGCUGACCCUGCAGUGGGAACCCCUGGGCUACAACGUGACGCGUUGCCACACCUACACCGUGGCCCUGUGCUAUCACUACACCCCGGGCGGCAGCCACAACCAGAGCAUCCGGGAGUGCGUGCAGAUGGAGCGGGGCGUCAGCCGCUACACCAUCCAGAACCUGCUGCCCUACCGGAACGUGCACGUGCGCCUGGUCCUCACCAACCCCGAGGGACGCAAGGAAGGCAAGGAGGUCACCUUCCAGACCGACGAGGACGUGCCUGGGGGGAUUGCAGCCGAGUCCCUGACCUUCACUCCCCUGGAGGACAUGAUCUUCCUCAAGUGGGAGGAGCCCCAGGAGCCCAACGGCCUCAUCACUCAGUACGAGAUCAGCUACCAGAGCAUUGAGUCAUCAGACCCUGCGGUGAACGUGCCAGGCCCACGUCGUACCAUCUCCAAGCUCCGCAACGAGACCUACCACGUCUUCUCCAACCUGCACCCGGGUACCACCUACCUGUUCUCUGUGCGGGCGCGCACAGGCAAGGGCUUCGGCCAGGCGGCGCUCACCGAGAUCACCACCAACAUCUCAGCCCCCAGCUUUGACUAUGCUGACAUGCCGGCGCCCCUGGGUGAGUCUGAGAACACCAUCACCGUGCUGCUGAGGCCGGCACAGGGCCGCGGCGCGCCCAUCAGCGUGUACCAGGUGAUCGUGGAGGAGGAGCGGCCGCGGCGGCUGCGGCGGGAGCCCGGCGCCCAGGACUGCUUCCCGGUGCCUCUGACCUUCGAGGCGGCGCUGGCCCGCGGCCUGGUGCACUACUUCGGGGCGGAACUGGCGGCCAGCAGUCUGCCUGAGGCCAUGCCCUUCACUGUGGGGGACAACCAGACCUACCGAGGCUUCUGGAACCCACCGCUGGAGCCCAGGAAGUCCUACCUCAUCUACUUCCAGGCGGCAAGCCACCUGAAGGGGGAGACCCGGCUGAACUGCAUUCGCAUUGCCAGGAAAGCUGCCUGCAAGGAAAGCAAGCGGCCCCUGGAGGUGUCCCAGAGGUCGGAGGAGAUGGGGCUCAUCCUGGGCAUCUGUGCAGGCGGCCUGGCCGUGCUCAUCCUCCUGCUGGGGGCCAUUAUCGUCAUCAUCCGCAAGGGAACCUGUCUUCAAAGCACCAAUGGAAGUGAAAAAGCAAAACCCAGCCCUGGGAGCCCCAGGAUGGAGCAGGUGAAGGCUGAGCAGCAGCUCUGGCUGGAGGCAGGGAAGCCGGUGAACAUGACCAAGGCCACCGUCAACUACCGCCAGGAGAAGACGCACAUGAUGAGCGCCGUGGACCGGAGCUUCACGGACCAGAGCACCCUGCAGGAGGACGAGCGCCUGGGCCUGAGCUUCAUGGACGCCCACGGCUACAGCCCGCGGGGAGAGCAGCGCAGUGGCGGGGUCACCGAGGCCAGCAGCCUGCUGGGGGGCUCUCCACGGCGCCCGUGUGGCCGGAAGGGCUCCCCGUACCACACAGGGCAGCUGCACCCUGCAGUGCGAGUGGCCGACCUCCUGCAGCACAUCAACCAGAUGAAGACGGCCGAGGGCUACGGCUUCAAGCAGGAGUACGAGAGUUUCUUUGAAGGCUGGGAUGCCACGAAGAAGAAAGACAAGCUCCAGGGCGGCCGGCAGGAGCCGAUGUCUGCCUACGAUCGGCACCGAGUGAAGCUCCACCCGAUGCUGGGAGAUCCCAACGCCGACUACAUCAACGCCAACUACAUAGACGGUUACCAUCGGUCCAACCACUUCAUAGCCACCCAAGGGCCGAAGCCGGAGAUGAUCUACGACUUCUGGCGCAUGGUGUGGCAGGAGCACUGCUCCAGCAUCGUCAUGAUCACCAAGCUGGUCGAGGUGGGCAGGGUGAAGUGCUCAAGGUACUGGCCGGAGGACUCAGACAUGUAUGGGGACAUCAAGAUCACGCUGGUGAAGACGGAGACCCUGGCCGAGUAUGUGGUGCGCACCUUCGCCCUGGAGCGGAGAGGCUACUCUGCCCGGCACGAAGUCCGCCAGUUCCACUUCACAGCGUGGCCAGAGCAUGGCGUCCCCUACCACGCCACGGGGCUGCUGGCCUUCAUCCGGCGCGUGAAGGCCUCCACCCCGCCUGACGCAGGGCCUGUUGUCAUCCACUGCAGCGCGGGCACCGGCCGCACAGGUUGCUACAUCGUCCUGGAUGUGAUGCUGGACAUGGCCGAGUGUGAGGGUGUCGUGGACAUUUACAACUGCGUGAAGACCCUCUGCUCCCGGCGUGUCAACAUGAUCCAGACCGAGGAGCAGUACAUCUUCAUCCAUGAUGCGAUCCUGGAGGCCUGCCUGUGUGGGGAGACCACCAUCCCUGUCAGUGAAUUCAAGGCCACCUACAAGGAAAUGAUCCGCAUUGAUCCUCAGAGUAAUUCCUCCCAGCUGCGGGAAGAGUUCCAGACGCUGAACUCGGUGACGCCGGCGCUGGACGUGGAGGAGUGCAGCAUCGCCCUGCUGCCGCGGAACCGCGACAAGAACCGCAGCAUGGACGUCCUGCCGCCCGACCGCUGCCUGCCCCUCCUGCUCUCCACCGACGGGGACCCCAACAACUACAUCAAUGCGGCUCUUACAGACAGCUACACACGGAGCGCGGCCUUUAUCGUGACCCUGCACCCACUGCAGAGCACCACGCCCGACUUCUGGCGGCUGGUCUACGACUACGGGUGCACCUCCAUCGUGAUGCUCAACCAGCUGAACCAGUCCAACUCCGCCUGGCCCUGCCUCCAGUACUGGCCGGAGCCGGGUCGCCAGCAGUAUGGCCUCAUGGAGGUGGAGUUUGUGUCGGGCACAGCGGAUGAGGACUUGGUGGCCCGCGUGUUCCGGGUGCAGAACGUCUCUCGGCUGCAGGAGGGGCACCUGCUGGUGCGGCACUUCCAGUUCCUGCGCUGGUCUGCGUACCGGGACACGCCCGACUCCAAGAAGGCCUUCCUGCACCUGCUGGCCGAGGUGGACAAGUGGCAGGCGGAGAGCGGGGACGGGCGCACCGUCGUGCACUGCCUAAACGGGGGCGGCCGCAGCGGCACCUUCUGCGCCUGCGCCACGGUCCUGGAGAUGAUCCGCUGCCACAACCUGGUGGACGUUUUCUUCGCUGCCAAAACGCUUCGGAACUACAAACCCAACAUGGUGGAGACCAUGGAUCAGUACCACUUUUGCUACGACGUGGCCCUGGAGUACCUGGAGGGGCUGGAGUCGAGAUAGCAGGGGGCCCCUGGCCUGAGGCGCCCACCUCGCACUCAGGCCCAAGCCCCCCUUCAGGACUGGCCAGGAAGACCUGUGCUCUCAGCUCAGCUCAGCUCAGCCACAGCCUCCAUGGAGGAAGCUCUGGGGCCCACGACGCUGGGCCAUCUUGGUGUCCCUUCCACUGCGAGUCCUCCACUGCGGCCCAGGGGCAGGCGUGGGCCGAGGACGAGCGCGGCAAGACUGCAGCCCGCCCAGCUUCGUGGGGCCUUGCAGGCUGUGCUGAGAGACUGGCACUGCCUGCCAGUGUGACAGGGCUCAGAGCAGCCUGCUCUGGGGGACGCAGGCCAGGCCGUUUGCUGACAUCUAGCCCUCCCCGGAGAUGAGUGGGGCCCGGCACAGAGUCCCAGGCUGUGGUGUGCACCCAGCUUGCUCCCUCUGCGUGCAGGUGGAGGGCGCCCUGGGGGUGGCAUCCAGAAUCCAGUCUGGGCCAGACCCUGGGAGUCUGGGGGCGGGGGGGGGGGGGCUGGGCUUGCACGGAUGUGCCCAUCCUCCCCCAGGGGGCAGCAGCAUCCUUCUGUGCCCCCGUGCCCUCCCAGCCCCUGGGGUGUUCUGCUCACCAUCCCUGCCCACUUGGCUUCCCUGACACGUGCUAUGAACAUCCCUGACCCGGGCUCUGCCCGUCGCUGCCUGCCCCGAGUGGGCUUCUCCCCUGCCUGCUCUUCUUGGAAGCUUCAGGCCUCACCGCCACGGUCCUGCUCAGUUGGAGCCGGUGACCUACUGCAGGGCUGCACCACAGCCUCUGGGCUCGGGGCCCCCGUGGCUCCUGGCCAGGCUGCGGGGGGAGGGCCAGCCCCAGAGUGGGGCUGCCAGCCUGGAGUUCAGAGGGAGGUUUGGGGGUGGCGGCUCAGUGCUUUUCUUGACUGACUUUGUUAUUUUUUGAUGGGCGGGUGUGCAGUUCUCUUUACAAUGGGGCGGGCCACAACCCCAUCCCGUGCCUCAGUUUCCCCAUCUGUAAACUGUAGAUAUGACUACUGACCUACCUCGCAGGGGGCUGUGGGGAGGCAAAAGCGGACGUUUGUAAAGUGCUUUGUAAAUAAACUGCUGUCUGAAUGCCA